AUGGCGGUGAACCAGAGCCACAGCGAGGACCGCCGCGGGCCCCUCAUCCCUUACGGCGAAAGUCUCUUGGAGCAGUGUCCAGAUGUGCACCUCUCCUUCCCACAGCAACCGCAGGGCUCCAGCCUCUUCAGUGGCACAAAGAUCGGGACGCUGUUUCUCACUUCCUACCGGGUGAUCUUUCUGACAUCACAUUCAGUCAGGGAUCCCAUGUUCUCCUUCAUGAUGCCAUUUGAUCUGAUGAAGAGCUGCACCAUUGAACAACCAGUCUUUGGUGCAAACUACAUUAAAGGAACCAUUCACGCAGCUCCCGAUGGUGGCUGGGAGGGACAGGCGACGUUUAAAUUAGUCUUCAGAGCCGGAGGUGCCAUCCACUUUGCCCAGCUGAUGAUGCAAGCGGCCUCUGCUGCUGCCCGAGGAGCUCCACUUGGGACUGUAAGUUACCAGAUCGGCCCUUCGGGGAUUUAUGUCAUUGCUAGAGAGGGGAACGUGUGCACUCCACAGGCGCCUUGUCAAGUUAUUGUCUAUGGAGCAUCCUCUUCUGCCUACGGAGCCCCGCCUCCUGGAUAUGGAGCCCCGCCUCUUGGGUAUGGACCCCCUCCUACCGGCUACGGAGUCCCGCCUCCUGGCUAUGGAGCCCCGCCCAUUGGCUAUGGAGCCCCGCCUCCCAUUUAUGGAGCCCCGCCUCCCGGAUAUGGAGCCCCGCCUCCCAGAUAUGAAGUCCAGCCAGCGGGAUCGGGAGCCCCAUCCUCCAGCUACCAAGCCGCUCCUGCAGCAAGCGAAGCCCCGCCGUCCGGAGGUGCAGCCUCGCCCGGGCCCGGGGUGCCCGGAGCUGUGCCGGCGGAGUCUGGAGCCGGGGCUCCCAGAUCUGUGGCAGCGCAGCGACCGGGCUAG